AUGGUGCCAUUCGUCGCUACCGUCCCGGCGAGCAAAUCCUACCGACGCGCUUCGCAGCCACAUCCAUCCACCUCCCGACUGGCACGAGCCAUGUCCAAAUCAGCUCUCUUACUCACCAUCGCCCUCCCUCUCGCCUCUGCAUCCGUUCCCAAGUUUCCUAGCAUCGACUUUGAUCUUCUCGGCGCCGUCAGCAUCGCCGGCUCCUUUGCUGGCAUCCAGAUCUGGAACCAGACCGGCUCCUCACAAAGCCCAAACACAACCUAUGACUCUGCUGCAUCCUCUCUCCUAUCUCGUGCCGCCAAUGGCACCGUCUCUUUCAUCAGCGCUACAGAACAGGGUGGCACCAUCCGCGCCAUUUGUCAGAUGCAGUCAUCGCCCAACACCGUCUACGUCGCCGGCAACUUUUUCUCCAUAGGUGGUACAUCUGUCAGCAACAUUGCCUCCUACAACCCUCGCUCAAAGAUGUUCGACAACAUGGCAGGUGGCCUCGAUGGCACCGUCCAUGCUCUCUUCUGCGAUAGCGACCAGCAGAAGCUCAUCGUUGGCGGCUCCUUUUCUGCACCCGUCAACGGCGCGUCUGAACGAUACCUUGGCAAUGUAGCGCAGUGGGACGUAGCAGCAUCCACAUGGAAUCCAGUCGACUUUGGCGGUCUCGAUGGCACCGUUAACACCAUCACGCAAGGUGGCAACAAUUCGCUUAUCCGUUUCGGUGGCAGCUUUGACACUCGCUUUGCCUCCAUCGGCGCUAACGGCAUGUCUUCGGGCACCAACACCUCGGCGUCCUCUCUCACAGCCGCGCUCACCCCCAUCUCUCUCGGUCAGGUCGAGUUUGGAGGUGGUCCCAGCUCCAGCGACGCCGGCUUCAACAACCCGGCCCAAAUUCUGUGCCCGCAAGGCGCCGACGGCUCCGGCAACUCAUAUCUCUUUGGCGAUGGCGCCAACGGCCGUCUCACGGCACGUGCCUUCCGUGCCCUGAACGUGCGCGCCAUCCGUCUCGGCAACACCUUUGUCGAUGGCCGCGGCACACGCACCUUUAGUAUCGUCUCGAUCCCCGACAACACCGAGCUCGAGCUCAUCUACCUCGAUCCGACCACCAACCAGAAUGCUACAUGCACCAACAACUGCCCCUUGGCGCACGACCCGACUCUCCCCUACCAAGACUUUUUGAUAGCAGAUACCCCGACCAACAACGCGCCCGGUGGUGUCAAGCGCCUCACCGGUAUUCAGUUCACCGCUACCCAACACUAUGGCGCCGGCGCUGGCCUUCACCUCCUCGAGCUACUCUCUGAAGGCGGCUGGGCAUACGCCUACAACGCGCUCAAUCGCGGCGGCUGCAAUUCCGACCAGAACGGCGCCAACGGUACCGACUCGUCUGCUACCAACCAGGGCGGUUGGUACACUAGCACCAUUAACACGCUCGCCGGCACCGUCGAGCCCGUCUUGGCCUACACCGACUCAUACUCCAACCUGGCAUCUGCCUCGUCUUCCGCCACCGUCACCUUUUCCGUCGACAUUCCCAUCAAUGGCAACUACACCAUCAACAUGUUUGUCCCCGGAUGUAGCGCCAGCAAUCAAUGUGCCCAGCGCACCGACGUCCAAGCCAACGUCUUUGCUCUUCAAGGCUCACAGGGCAACCUUACCCGCGUCUCGCAAACCAACCAAGACGACCGCACCGUCCAAAUUUACAGCGGCGAGGUCCACAAGGCCGGACAAGGCUUCCAACCCACUGUGGUGCUUUCCAUCCCCUCCGAUGCCCCCGCGCCUUCGGGCGGUGGUGACUUCACCGUCAUCGCCGACAAGGUGAGCUUCCUGCUGCUCAAUAGCAACGAGACGCUCCAGAUGAACCGUGCUACCGGAUUCGGCGUAUUCGAGUACAACCUCUUUGACCCGGCAAUCACUGCGCUUCAAGCCAACGGCACAGGCAUUCUGCCAAACACCACCAUGACCGACGUCGACGCCUUUGCAGCGACCCUUUAUGCCAAUGGCGUGCGCAGCAAUGCCACCAACACUGCCGUCUCCUCCAUCGUCUCGAUUGGAUCGCGCACCUUUGUUGGUGGAUCGUUCACCUCGAGUGGCAAUGUUAGCUUUGCCAACAUUGCUGGCUUUUCCCAGGACUCGGCUGGCAAGACCCCCAUCGAGAUCGCCAACCGAGGUCUCAACGGUCCCGUCGAGGCCUUAGCGAACCUGGGCAAUGCACUCUACGUAGGAGGAAAUUUCACCGCCACCGCCGACGGCGCAGUGGCCGCUUCUUACGUCGCUCGCUACGAUCCAGACGCAAACACUUGGACUGCGCUUGGCGGUGGUCCCGAUGGCGCAGUCACUGACAUUUACCCGCUCGGUCCCGAUGCCAUCCUCGUUGCCGGCUCCUUUGUCACUGUUAAUGGCACUGGUCAGAGCGGCGGCUACGCGGUCUGGAACUCAACCGCCGACGCAUGGCAGACACAAGCUAGCUUUGUGUCGGCAGAAAUGACAGCUGCCUUCGCAGAUUACGCCGCAAGCACCGAAGAGAGCUUUCUUGCCGGAAGUGUCCGCGCGUUGAGCCUUCAGUCGGCAUCUGGCGCUGCUCAGAUACGUGCUCCCGAUCAGCCUGGCGACUUGCCCAUCAUCGAAUCGCUCAAGUUUCAAUUCGCCACUCCGUCCGGCUCUUCUGCCUCCGCCUCGUCGUCUGCUAGCCUGGCGCGCAGGUUCAGCAUUGGUAGCACUUGGCAGCAGCAGCAGCAACGACAAGUGCAGCAGCGAGCUGAGGUGUCAAAGCGUGACUCGGGUCCUGGCUUCGGCUCCAGAUUGUUCUCACUCCUGCCAAGAGCGCCCUUGGCUAACGGUCAUCGUGAAGCACCCUCCGCACAAGCCGCUUCAUUGAUCAAACGGGCCGCCAUCAUGACGCCCGCCUCCCUCAUGUCGAGCGGUGAGAGCGAGAUCCUCGCCAGCGCCUUCUGGCAGCGUAACGAUGGAUCGUUUGUCAACAUCCUCGGUGGAAACUUCACCACCACUUCUGGCAUCCGCAAUCUUGCUUUCUACGACGACUCCACCAAUGCUGCAUCGGCUUUCCCAGCGCUGCCCACUUCGUCCCAUCAACAAACCAACAUGGUGAUUCGCUCGUUGCUGGUCGACGCCGACAUGCUCUACGUUGGCGGCGACGAUGGGUUCGAGGCUUACGACCUCAAAAAGGCCAGUUGGAUCACCAACGCUGCACCGCUCUCCGCCAGUUCUGGACAAAAUCUCUCCGUCACUUCCAUUGACCAUCGGCCGGACUCGACGCAGCUCAUCGUCUCUGGCAGCUUUGCAUCCGCCGGCUCCCUGCCGUGUGCCAACGUCUGUCUCUGGGACACCAACGGCAUGCGCUGGAGUCCUCUGAGCGCCGGUCUCAGCGGCGAGAUUGCCGCCAUCGACUUUGCCGGCAACAAAGCCAACCAACUCAUCUUGGCGGGAGCCAUGACGGUCAACGGUGCCGAAGCCUCGCUGGUCAGCUACAACUUUGAUACGCAGAUCUGGACCAGAUUGGGAAGCGUCGGCAGCGGCCCAAACCAGAUCCCCGGACCUGCCACGGCUGUCAGUGUCGACGACCUCAACGCCAACGCCAUCUUUGUCGCUGGUCUCACCGCCGACGGCACCGCGCCGUACUUGGUCAGAUGGGACGGCACCCAGUACACGGCCGUCGGUACCGGUCAGUUCCUUCCUGCCACGGGCAUUUCGCAAUUGACGUUUGUGCCCAUUUCGAAGGCGCACCCAAGCAACCCGAUCCUGGAGGAUAACCGAUUGCUCGUGGUCAGUGGCGCAUUGGCCACACAGGACUAUGGCAACAUCUCGAGCGUCUUCUUCGACGGCCAGAGCUACUCGCCGUUCUUGCUCGCGACCAACCUGGAUGGCUCUUCGGGCAUUGUGCGUGCCUUUUCUCGCUCCACCGAGGUGCUGCAGUUUCCCAACCUGCAUCACCUUGCUGUGGGUCUGGUCAUUCUCAUCUCGAUUGCGAUCGGACUCGGUAUCGUCUUUUUGCUGGUGCUGCUCGGCCUCAUCUGGGCCAUUGCCAGGAGACAUCCUGAGCCCCGUGACGUGGACGUGCCUAUCUCGGCGAGCGACGAGUCGCUGGGUCUUGGUGAAAAGAAGCGGCCUUCGAGCUUGCUGGCAACGCUCAAUGCGGCUACCGAGAAUGCCAUGCUUGGUGAGCACGGUGGCGGUGCUGCCACUGCUGCUGGUCUCGGUGCUGCUGCUGCUGCUGCGGGUCACCGUGGACCAGGCUCGCCGCAGCAGCGCGACAUGGGCGAAGAAGCGGCCAUGUCCAACUAUCACAGCGAUGGCGGGCGUACCGGGCAAAGCGCUCACACACAGUAUCACACAGAUGAUGGCGGCUUUUCCGAUGAAGCUGGCAUGCUUGGUGUCGGGGCUGCAGCUGGCGCAGCAGCUGCCAUCGGUGGCGACGAAGAGGACUCGCCCAUGGAGGGGAUCCCUGCACAUGCACGCUACGACUUUGUGCCUAACCACGAGUCGGAACUUCCACUGACGGCAGGUGAACCCAUCGAGAUUCUCGAUGACCAGGAUCGUCACUGGUGGCUUGCCAGAAACACCCAGGGUCAGACCGGCGUCGUUCCUAGCGCUUAUGUGAUGUGA